AUGGUCAACCAAGACAAGGUGGCCAUAUUCUGGGACUUUGAAAAUUGUUGUCCUCCCUCGACGCAGGGAUUGGGAUAUGAUAUUGUGAAUAACAUCGGGCGCAUGGCUCGCAUAUUUGGAUCCGUAACCACCUUCAAAGCAUACCUGGACAUAUCGAGCCAACCUCCCAAGUCCACAGCUCUUCGUUCAGAGCUGCAGCUAUCCGGCGUCUCGGUGGUAGAUUGUCCUCACAACGGCAAGAAAGAUGUUGUUGACAAGAUGGCCAUGGUCGAUAUGUUCGCUUUUGCUGUUGACAACCCUGCACCCGCUACUGUCAUCCUCAUUGCUGCGGAUAGAGACUAUGCCUAUGCGCUCUCUACUCUUCGUCUUCGUAAUUACAAGGUUGUAUUGAUCACUCCUUGUGUCUCGACCUGUCUCGAGGCUUGUGCCUCGUUCGUCAUAGACUGGAAUGCGACUAGCCUGCCCGUGGAAAGACAAAGCACACCCACAAACCCAGCGGGGGGUGUCUCAACAGAGCCCAGGGAUAGUGACAACUCUUCUGGUGUCUCUUCUCCUAUUUUCCAGCAGAUAGUGGCUCCGUUGUCUGGGCCGAGUCCACCCAUACCAGCUAUAGCCACCGAUCUCGCCACAGCUCAUUGUUUCCACAAAGGUGAUCACCCACCAGCCGAUAUUUUGACUACCGGUAGGAUCUCUUCACCUUUUAGUCAACCUAGUCUGCACGGGAGUCGCAUUCCUCCGAUUUCGGCGAACAGCGAUAACAACACCAUCGUUCCUGCGGACAAGAGCUCAACAAACAUCGUACCUUCCCAAAAAGAACCUACCCUGUCCACGGAGAAACAAAUGACAUAUGCAAACUCAGUGGAAGGUAUCGCGAAAGAGCCAAUGGGCAAUCGCAAUCCCUUUAGGAUCUCUUUCCCCGCCUCACAUGCCGCAUUGAAUGUGAUUCCUGGAUCUCCGGUGGCUCAGACACAAGCUUGUCCCGCAAGCGAUAUGCCCACAAGCACAGCAACAGGACAAGUUAAUCGAAAACAAACUCGAUGGCAAUUCCUCCCAUUGAUUCGAGUCCUAGUCGUGGAUCGGCGUAAAAGGAUUUUUCGCUCCAAUCACUCCGAUAUUGCAAUGGCACUUAUGCAAAUCGACAAGAAUGCGUACAAGCGCGUUGGGGCAACUAGAUUUAAGCAUUACAUAACCCUUGCCCAGCGAGUGGGUUUGGUGGUACUCGGCGGUGCGGAGAAUGAUGCAUGGAUUGCGCUGCAUCCAGAAUGGUUCAGCGAAGCAGAAAGAACCGAAUAUCAAUCUAACACGGCGAUGGAAGGUAAUUCGUGUGGAGUAGAUGGAAACCAGACCAGUACUUCCAGAGAAAUUGGUGCCGGCUGUUUUCAACCCUUGGUGGAUAUUCUGGUACAAUUCCAUCAGUCAGGUGUGCGACCGGUGUUACGGUCACGGAUCGGUCAGAUGUUAGAGCCGACCGUCUACCAAGAGGCAGGAGUGCCCGGCUUCGCAGAGUACGUUGCUCGUGCUGCCGAAGUAGGUAUUGUCAUGUGUGGCGGGGUAGGGGGUUAUGCUUGGAUACGCUUACAUCCUGACGUUGAAACGCAAGUGAAUGACACCUACCACAUGUGAUUUGGUGCGUCCUCUGGGUGGAUUACCAGCCAAAGGGGUACCAUACGUCUAUGCAGUGUAAUGUCUUGUUGUAUAUUUGUGUACCGUC